AUGAAGUUCCAAUCUCUUGUUACAAUAUUGGUUCUUCUUGGUGUAUUGGUUCAUGCCCAGAAUGAUCAAUCAGGCUUCAUCAGCAUAGACUGUGGGAUUGCCAAAGGGUUAACAUACACCGAUAAUGUAACAGGCAUAAACUACAUAUCCGAUGCUGAAUUCAGAGAUAGUGGCGAAAUUCAUAGCAUAAUGCCCGCAUAUAACUCGUUAGACAUUUAUAAACAUGCUACCACCCUCACAAGUUUUCCACAAAACACCAGAAACUGCUACACCCUAAACCCAACCCAAGGAAAGGGUAACAGGUAUCUCAUAAGGGCAAGCUUUAUGUAUGGGAAUUAUGACUUGAAGGGUCAACUUCCAGAAUUCGAUGUUUAUCUUGGAACUGAAUACUGGGAUACCAUGAAAUUCAAUUCGUCAUCUCAACCAAUAAAAAUGGAGAUCAUACAUGUCUCAUCAACAGAUUACAUUCAUCUUUGUCUGGUAAAUAUAGGUCGUGGGACUCCUUUCAUAUCAGCCAUAGAACUACGGCUUGUAGCAGGCGACAUGUAUAAAGAAACCGAUUUUGGAUCAUUAUACCUUUAUGCACGUGCAAAUUUAGGAACCACACUUGGAACAGUCAGGUAUAGCAAUGACAAGUAUGAUCGAGUAUGGAGUCCAAUUAAUUGGUCUGAUAGUACUUUCUUAUACACUCGGGAACAAGUGUCUGUAGGGUUGUUGAACGUCUUUGACCCGCCAUCAGAGGUUAUGAAUUCUGCUGCCACGCCAAGAAACCCUAAUGAUCCAUUUAUAAUAGAGUGGGAUCCUUUCAAUACCAACGAUAAAUUUUUCAUUUACAUGCACUUUGCUGAGGUUGAAUUACUGAAAGAAAACCAGACCAGAGAAUUCAACAUUUAUCUCAACGGGAAUCUCACAUAUGGACCUUUCUCUCCGAUAUAUCUGAACGCAGCCAGUAUUUAUAGCACAGUGCCUGAAACGAUAGCACCAAGAUAUACACUCAUAAUAAAUAAAACAAAAAAUUCAACUCUUCCACCCAUCAUCAACGCUCUUGAGCUUUAUGUAUUAAAGCAGCUCCCACAAAGGCAAACAGAUCACCAUGAUGUUGCUGCAAUAGGAAGCAUUAAAUCUUAUUACAGAGUAACCAGAAAUUGGCAAGGAGAUCCAUGUGCACCACAGGAAUUUGUUUGGGAUGGUCUCAGAUGCAGCUACAAUGAUACGGAGAUGUCUAGGAUCACAUUCUUGAACUUGUCUACAAGUGGAAUUAAAGGAAAAAUAGAUCGUGGAUUUUCUUAUCUCACAAUGAUAGAAACCUUGGAUUUGUCCAACAAUAACUUGACAGGAACUGUGCCUGAUUUUCUGUCUGGAAUGAAAUUCUUGAAAGUCCUCAAUUUAAGAGGAAACAAUUUUAUUGGGCCGAUUCCAGAGGAGCUUCUAGCAAAGUCAAAGAACGGAUCAUUGUCAAUAAGUUUCGAUGGUCAGAGUACAGAUGAAGAUGCAAGUUCUUGUGUGAUGAAUCGUUGCAAAAACAAGAAGGAUAAAAAAUUCAUUGUUCCAGUAAUAGCAACGGUUGUUUCUCUCUUUGUGAUCCUGACUGCAAUCACCACCAUAUGGAUAAUUAAUAAACAAAAAGCUCAAGACAAAAGCAAAACAAGCACCGAUGGGUUGGAGAUAAAAAGACAAAAGUUCACAUACUCAGAGAUAAAGAGCAUCACUGACAACUUCAAAGUUGUUAUUGGGAAAGGAGGAUUUGGUGAAGUUUACCAUGGUUAUAUCGGUGAUGUUCAAGUUGCUGUUAAGAUGCUUUCUGCAUCAUCUCAACAAGGGGACAAAGAAUUUCAGGCCGAGGCCAAUCUUCUCAUGAGUGUUCAUCAUAAAAACUUGACUACGCUCGUUGGGUAUUGCAAUGAAGGCAACCACAAGGGAAUUAUCUAUGAUUACAUAGCUAAUGGGAACUUAGAAAACCAUUUAUUCGGUCUAGAGUAUCUUCAUCAUGGUUGCACGCCGCCUAUAGUCCAUAGAGAUGUUAAGUGUACCAACAUCUUACUGAACGAAAAGUUUCAAGCGAAACUAGCAGACUUCGGGUUAUCCAGAGCUUUUCCGACAGAAGGUGCUACGCAUAUUUCAACAUUAGUUGCUGGCACUCCUGGGUAUCUUGACCCUGAGUAUCAGUCGUCAUACAGAUUGACCGAGAAAAGUGAUGUUUAUAGUUUUGGGGUUGUGCUUAUGGUGAUAAUUACAGGACGACCAGCAAUAGCCAGAUAUGAUAAUGACAACAAACAUAUAAGUCGAUGGGUUAAUUUAAAGCUCUCAGAUGGGAAUGUAAAAAGCCUGAUUGAUCCUAGGUUACAAGGAGAAUUUGACAUCAACUCAGCAGGGAAGGCAGUAGAAUUGGCACUGACUUGUGUUGAUGACAUGCCCAACAGACGACCAACCAUGAAGGAAGUGGUUAUGGGUUUAAGUGAUUGUUUGGAAACUCUUCAGGAGUGCAAACCAGAAAAUUUGACAGGAAUCAUAUCUCUUACUUUGGAGAAUGCAACUUGA